AUGGACGACUUAUUCGACGUUUUCGACGAAGCGCCCAAGGCAGCAGCGCCUGCCACGAAUGGAACUACCAACAGUAAUGGUACUCGACGCCUCAAGCGCCAAGCCAAUGGAGAGCUCAAAGAGAAUGGCGAAGCCAGCUCACCGAGCGAGAAUGGCAACAAGCCCAGUUCACCUGAUACUGACAUGCAGGAUGGUGAUGCGCCACCACCAAAGCGACCUCAUUUCGAGCAGGAGCCAGAACCUGUAGUGACUGACACUUUCGAGACUGAGAAGUCCAGAGAGGUCCAGGCCGCUGCUGGUCUACAACCAAUGAAAGAGACCGGAACCGUGACACUAUCCCAUCAAGUGCGCCACCAAGUUUCUCUUCCUCCAGACUACAACUAUGUACCUAUAUCACAGCAUAAGCCACCAGAGAAGCCAGCUCGAGAAUUCCCUUUCGAGCUUGAUCCUUUCCAAGCAGUUUCUAUAGCCUCCAUCGAGAGGAAUGAAUCCGUACUUGUGUCGGCUCAUACCUCGGCGGGAAAGACAGUCGUAGCUGAAUAUGCGAUCGCUCAGUGUCUAAAGAACAACCAGCGAGUCAUCUAUACAAGUCCUAUCAAAGCGCUCAGCAAUCAGAAGUAUCGAGAGUUUAACGAGACCUUUGGAGAUGUCGGUCUCAUGACAGGCGAUGUGACGAUAAAUCCUACAGCUACCUGCCUUGUCAUGACUACUGAGAUUUUGCGGUCGAUGUUGUAUAGAGGUUCUGAAAUCAUGCGGGAAGUAGGCUGGGUUGUUUUCGACGAGAUCCACUACAUGCGAGAUAAGACUCGUGGUGUAGUAUGGGAAGAAACGAUUAUCUUGCUACCGGACAAGGUUCGAUAUGUCUUCCUCUCUGCCACAAUUCCGAAUGCCAUGCAAUUUGCUGAAUGGAUCACAAAAACUCACAACCAACCAUGCCACGUUGUCUAUACCGACUUCCGGCCAACUCCUUUGCAACACUAUUUCUUCCCAGCUGGCGCGGACGGUAUUCACCUGAUUGUUGACGAGAAGGGUGUAUUCAGAGAAGACAACUUCCAGAAAGCCAUGAGCACAAUAGCAGAAAAGCAAGGUGACGACCCUGCCGAUGCUAUGGCUAAGAGACGUGGCAAAGGACGAAAUAAGCACACGAACAAAGGAGGUCAAAAGGGUCAAUCUUCCGACCUGUACAAGAUAAUUCGCAUGAUCAUGACGAAGAAUUACAAUCCUGUUAUAGUCUUCAGCUUUAGCAAGCGAGAUUGCGAGCACAACGCCAUUCAGACAAGUGCGAUGAGCUUCAACGACGAAUCCGAGAAAAACAUGGUGACUAAGGUCUUUAACAGUGCCCUUAACUCACUCAACGACGAGGACAAAAAGCUUCCGCAGAUUGAGCACCUGCUGCCAUUGUUGCGGCGAGGUAUUGGUAUUCAUCAUUCCGGUCUCCUUCCUAUUUUGAAAGAAACCAUCGAAAUCCUAUUUCAGGAAGGUCUUAUCAAAGUCCUCUUCGCUACCGAAACCUUCUCUAUCGGCCUCAACAUGCCUGCGAAGACAGUCGUCUUUACAAGCGUACGAAAAUUUGAUGGCGUUAGUCAAAGAUGGCUCACUCCUUCAGAGUUCAUUCAAAUGUCUGGUCGAGCUGGUCGAAGAGGUCUUGACGACCGAGGUAUUGUUAUCAUGAUGAUCGACGAGCAGAUGGAUCCUUCGGUAGCUAAAGAGAUUGUGCGUGGUGAGCAGGACAAACUCAACUCUGCAUUCUAUUUGGGCUACAACAUGAUUCUCAACCUGCUGCGGGUGGAGGGCAUCUCUCCGGAAUUCAUGCUCGAACGAUGCUUUCACCAGUUCCAAAACACUGCUGGUGUUAGCAGUCUCGAGAAAGAGUUGCAUCAGCUUGAGAACGAGAAGCUUGACAUGACGAUCGAGGACGAAGCAACAAUCCGAACAUAUUACGAUCUGAGGAAGCAACUAGACAACUACGCCGAGGAUAUGCGGAUGGUUGUCAUUCAUCCAUCUAAUUCACUUUCUUUCAUGCAGCCUGGUAGGCUCGUUGAAGUCAAACAAGGCGAGCAUAAUUUUGGAUGGGGUGCUGUCAUCAACUUUUCUCGAAGAUCUCAGAAGGAUAACUCAGAACAACUUCCACCGCAAGAACAAUGGCAGCUCGACAUUGCUUUGCAAAUUGCGGAUGGGGCAGCUAUACCAACCAAGGCCACACAGGCUCUCCCUUCCGGCAUAAGACCAGCUGAGGAAGGCGAGAAGUCUCGAGUCGCUGUAGUGCCAGUAUUGUUACAAUGUGUGCACAAAAUCUCCCAUGUACGAAUCUUCCCACCGAAGGACGUUACUAGUCGUGCCGAGCUUGACAAAAUUCAACGAGCUCUCAUGGAAGUUCAAAGACGAUUCCCAGAUGGCCUUGCAAUUCUUGAUCCUGUGGAGAACAUGGGCAUUACAGACAACUCUUUCAAAGAGCUGUUGCGUAAGAUCGAGGCCAUGGAGUCAAGGUUGGUGAGUAAUCCUCUGCACAACUCGCCCCGACUAGAGGCACUCUAUAACCAAUACGCCGACAAGGUCGCUCUGUCCGAGAAGAUUCGCACUAUCAAGAAGAAGAUUCAAGACGCACAAGCCAUCAUGCAGCUUGAGGAGCUCAAGUGUCGCAAACGUGUGCUUCGACGUCUCCAGUUCAUAAACGAUGAAGAGGUGGUGCAGAUGAAGGCUCGUGUGGCGUGUCAGAUCAGUACUGGUGAUGAGCUGAUGCUGUCUGAGCUGCUCUUCAACAGAUUUUUCAAUGAUAUGACCCCAGAACAAUGUGCAGCUGUGAUGAGUUGUUUUGUAUUCGAGGAGCGAGUCAACGAAACACCUGUCCUCACGGAAGAUAUGUCCAAGGCACUUCGAGAGAUCCAAAGACAAGCUAGGACCAUUGCUAAGGUGUCUAUUGAAUCAAAACUGCCAGUGAGCGAGGACGAGUACGUACAGUCUUUCAAAUGGCAGCUCAUGCCUGUAAUGUAUGCAUGGGCCACCGGGAAGUCAUUUGCUGAAAUCUGUAAAAUGACCGAUGUAUAUGAGGGCAGUCUCAUUCGAACCUUCCGCCGACUCGAAGAAGCGCUACGACAGAUGGCCGAAGCCUCGAAAGUGAUGGGAAGUGAAGAGCUGGAGAAGAAGUUCGAGGAAGCGCUCCUCAAGGUGAGACGUGAUAUUGUGGCUGCGCAAUCGUUAUACCUCUAA